ACCACAGAGCAGCAGACAGGGACUUGGGUGUGUCCUCAUCACACCCGAAUUUUUGUUCUUUCGUUCACUGAUUGCUCUUUUCCUUGGUCGUAAUUUCUCUUUCCGGUUUAUUCAGUGUUUUUUUUUAUUCAAUCGACGAUAAUCGUUUCACAUUGUGUAUUUACGUGUGUGUGUUCGUGUAUGCCUACGUGUGUAAGAGAGAAAAAAAGGUGCCCUUGUGUGGGGAGUGAUUGUUUAGCUCAGGUUUUUUAUCAGUGACGGAUUGCCAAAAGCACUUUCAGAAAAACCCGUGCCAUAAGCUGUGUGGAUGACACGCCUGCAGAUCGAGUGUAGCGACGAUUGAUAUUUUUGACCUAACGUUUGUUGUGGACCGACCGCCGACAGGAGCUUCGUUUAUUUUGCCAGGGCUAAGAAGAGGACGAUAAAACAGCUGGACACAGAGAGUGCCGAAACAAGGUUCCCAACAGAAUGGCAGCCGAAGCAGCUACAAUGGCUGCUGAACAGCAGUUAAACGGCUUGGAUGAGCAGCACAACGGUUGCGAAUUUGACCCCAACGCUGUGGUCGAUGAAGACGAUUUAAAGAAAUUGCGACCGCCAGACAUCGAUGCCGACGUUCGCGACAUGGAGCGUCGACGCAGAGUUGAAGUCAUGAUGGGCAGCAGGACUUUCCGCGAUGACUUGGAACGGAUUGUCGACCAGCAAUUGAGAGAAGGAGGAGCCGCCGGCCUCUUUGCUCUUCAGCAGCACAUCUCAGACUUGACCGGAAUGGGUACCCAUCGAGGACUGGGCGGUGGUGGAGGCGGCGGAGCUCGCUGCGUUAUCCCCAUCAACGAUAUUAAAGGCGUGGAUUUUCCAAGUUACGUUAAAGGCGAAAAAAUUAUUCGUUGCAAGUUGGCUGCCCUUUACCGACUUGUCGACCUUUUCGGCUGGUCGCAAUCUAUUUACAAUCACAUUACGGUUCGCGUGAGCCAAGAGCAAGAGCACUUUCUAUUGAACCCGUUCGGUUUGCUGUAUAGCGAAGUAACGGCCUCUUCCCUGAUUAAGGUCGACAUGCAGGGCAACGUGGUCGACCCGGGAACAACGAACUUUGGAGUCAACAUCGCCGGUUUUGUCCUACAUUCGGCCAUCCAUGCUGCUCGUCCGGACGCUAAAUGUGUCGUCCACAUCCACCAUCCAGCAUGCGUCGCUGUCUCCGCCUUGAAAUGCGGGUUCCUUCCCGUCAGUCAGGAGAGCGUGUUGAUCGGAGAAGUCAGCUACCACGACUACUACGGCAUUUUGGUGGAUCCCGAAGAGCGUGAAUCGAUCGCACGGAAUCUCGGCCCCUUGAACAAAGUGAUGUUCCUCCGCAAUCAUGGCCUAGUUAUCCUAGGCGAGACCAUUGAAGAGGCGUUUUUUCGCGCAUGCAAUACCGUCCUGGCCUGCGAAUCGCAAAUCCGAAUGAUGCCUGUAGGUCUCGACAAUUUGAUCUUAAUUUCCGACGAUGCCAAACGCCGGUCACAGGAGGUAGCUAAGCGCGCCAACGAAUUCACAAGAGCCGGACGCAAUAACAUUCAGUUGGCUGGAGUCGAAGGCGAACAACCCGAACAAGAAGAAGUUAAAGAGAAACCUCGAACCCGUGAGGUCAAAUGGCGACAAGGCGACAUGGAGUUUGAAGCUUACAUGCGGAUGUUGGAUAACUCUGGAUACCGAAGCGGAUAUCCUUAUCGCGUCCAUUCAGUGAGGACGGAGCUGCCCAGACAAAAGCACGACGUAGAAGUCCCGCCUGCAGUCUCAUCUUUUGGUUACAUGAUCGAAGAAGACGAGCUAUACAAAAACAGCCCACUCAGAAAGUUGCUAGACGGUCGUCGAACCCUGGAUAAAAAUCGCUGGAUCAAUUCACCUAACGUUUAUCAAAAAGUGGAAGUUGUCGAGCAAGGAACGCAGGAUCCCAAGAAGAUCACCAAGUGGGUACCUGAUGGCUCUCCGACACACAGCAGCACUCCGUUCAAGUUGGAGAUUGCUCACCAAUUCGUGCCGAUGGGCACGACGUCGAAGGAAUUCAAACAGAAGCAAAAGCAGAUCAAAGAAAAUCGUCGCCAAGGUGGCAUCAGUGCCGGCCCCCAGUCGCACAUUUUGGAAGGUGUCAGUUGGGACGAAGCUCAAAAAUUACAAGAUGCUAACACUAGUGGCACGGGCGAUCACGUAGUUGUUGUGGGUGCUGCAUCGAAAGGCAUCAUUCAACGUGACUUCCAACAUCACGCCAUGGUCUACAGAACUCCGUAUGCCAAGAACCCUUUCGACUCCGUCUCAGAUCAAGAGAUUGAGGAGUACAAAAGACAAGUAGAGAUGUCUCAGAAGGGUAUUUCAGAAGAUCAUGAGGUCAGCUACUCAACUACGGAAGCUCCAACGUUGGAGCCUCUUGUAGCUGAGUCUGUUUUACUUCCUUCAAGUGAAGAGCCAGUCCGCCCAGAACAGAAAUCACCCACAUCGCCACGACCAAUAAGUGACGACGAAGCAAGUCCACGCGUAGUUGAGGUGGCUGUGAAACACGUGCCGCAAGAAGAUCACGCACAACGUCAACUUCUCCCGGCAGACGAUACUACAGGGGCCGAGUCGCCUGAGCCUUUUGCAGAGCGCUCAAAAUCCGCCCGCCUUCCGCGUGACGGGUCGGGUGAUGCUUGGGACAUGUUCAAGCGUCGCUCGUGGUCGCUGGGCCGUGACAAGAGGAAACACCACAAUAAAGGCGCUGAAGUGAAUGGAGACGAAAUUGAUAACCCACAGAGCCAGGUGUCGCAGAGUAGCCGUGACGAGUCGUCGGCUCGCGACAUGUCUACGGAAGAUUCGCCCUCCAAAUCCAAGGACAAAAAGAAGAAGAAGGGACUACGAACACCAUCCUUCCUCAAGAAGAAGAGCAAGGAGAAGAAGAAGCCCACACCAGAAGUUUGAACAACUACAUCGCUUUUGCUUUCAGUGUCGGAAAUAAUCUAUAAAUGAGAAACAAACUCUUUUGGGACUCCUUUGGGGACAACACUGCCACUCGAGUGUCGUCGGGUUUUUCUCGUUUUUUUUUUUUAUUAUUAUUUUUUUUUUAUUCUUCUUCUUAUUAUUAUUUUCAAAAUAUGAAUAAUCUCUUCUAUAUACUUCAGCUACUCUCCGGUAGUUCUCUUUGGUUUGCGUCAAGUAUCGUAAAAACUAAUCCGCCUUGCUUUAGACUGGAGAAGAAGAAAAAAAAAAAAGUUUGGUUUUAGUCUCUUAUCUCCUUCUCCAUUACACUCUGUGAGACCAGAAUAUCUGAUUCAAGGAUUGUGGACGAAAAGCACUUUGCAAAAACUUUUAUUUUAAAAAAACAAAAAUUCUUGCUUCUUGUGUACCACCUCCCCCGACCCAUUACGCUACCCGGUAGACAAUAAUUGGAGAUGUCACGCACUGCAAUUGUGUAAAGAAGGUUGGGUCUGUGGGAGAUCGACAUAAACAUUUUUUUGCUUGACAAGGAAGACUGAGACUGAAUAUGUAAUGGAACCAAAAGGGAUGUGACGUGGCGUGUUUUUCUUGAUGAGUCGAUUUCCCAAUCGCAGUGCGAGGUGCUUUUUUCAAUUCAAAACCUAAAUCCUGUGGAUUGAUUUGAUGUUAAUACUUCGUUUUAAUUUUCUUCUGCUGUCUUCUUCAACACUAUUGGCUUCCCUCCUUUUGUUUCGAGUCAGUUGUGUCUAUUCUAAAAUUCCCUUGUUACUGUAGUACUAAUUCAUUCCGUGAUGUGGGACACUUACUUUCUCCCCAAUCCUCUCAGAUUUGACAAUUUUUGUCCCCGAUGUAGCACACAUACUCCAGCUAUUUUGCUACCUUAUUUAUAUUUUACCUUUUAAAUCUGGCUAUCCCCGUCCCCAACCUUUUCCGUCAAUUUCUCUUUUUUUUUUUUUUUUUACUUUUUUUUCUAGAUUUGUUAAAAACGUUUCGUUGGUUUGGUAUGCUUUUUUUUAAUUUGUGGAGAGAAGGUAGCUUGAACACACAUGCCAGCUUGACCAGCAGCUUAACAUAAAAAAUCCCCUUUGACUACCGACUUUUCUUCUGGUAUGCAGUUCCGUGUCAUUUGAAAUCGAACGAAAAGUGUACUGUUAUGUAUCACUAUAUACCUGUACUGCACGUGGCAUCUGGUCCACAAAUUAUACCUUAAUCUGAAUGUC